AUGCAGAGGAGGAGGAAGAGGAGGAGGAGGAGGAGUGAUUGCGCGUUCAGUGAGGAAGAGGCGCAGACGCAGCAGCAGUCGGAGGAAAACUACAGUCUCCAUCCUCAACCUCAGCUCCGGCGGGACACAGGUGACCACUACGACCAGCCAGGGCUCGACCUGUCAUCUCCAAAAAAGAACCAUGUCGGGAUUUCAUUACGCACUCCACUCUUCCUUCUAUCACUGCGCACAAAGACAACAGAGGAACUGUUCAGCGUGGUCCUUCAGAGCCACUCUGCUCCUGGAGAACGCCUCAAAAGCCUAAAGAGCUCCAACUCUGGCAGCAACCUGAUGCAGAGCGACAGAGUGAGUGUGUGUCUAGGCCGCCAUGUGCAGCUGCAGCGCUUGUGUGUUAAUGAACAGCACGGGUGUCUGGUGUCUGGGCCUGGAGCUCCAGACCACAAGACUGAUGUGCUGCUGCUGCUGGGGGCUUUUGGGUUGGGGGUGGAGGGGGGUAGACUUUGGCCCCUGUUCGGUUGCUACGGGAAAGGGGCCGAUCGACUCAGAAAUGUGCCAGUGAAAAGGCUGAACUGUCAGAGCUGUCAGCGCUGGCAGUGUAAACCCACGCACAUACGGCGCAGACCGUGCGGAGGGUCUCCCCAGCACAGAGUCAAGGUCAAGGGGAAGCAGGGGGAUGGAGGGAGGCCGUCUGGGAGAGCAGGAGCCAGACGGUCCCAGACGAGCAGACAGCGGUGA